UUGCUGACAGUGGUACUCCCCUGCACCCAGACUGGCAGAUAUGUGGCACACGGACUGUGCCAGCCUGCUUAUGCACGUGUUACGGGAGGAUAGAAGCCCAGCACGACGCCAUCAUCUUGGUCAGCCAGGUGGCUUCACCUCUUCCUCCCAUAGCUCCCUGUAGGUCCUAUGGGGACCCACAGGGAAUGAUCUUCAGGGUAGCUGCACAGGCCUGUCCCCAUCAUAUCUUCUUGCUGCCCUUGGGAACUAACAAGUGACAACCCGACCCCACUUUACAAAUGAAACUGGACUUACAGCCAUAGGCCCCAGAAACCACUGGCCUGACAGUCCUGGGAGAGGGAGGCCUGGAAACACUGGGGAUCCUGAUUCUCUGGCCUCUGGACCUCAGGUCUUUGAAAGUCUUCUUCACUCAGCCUGUUGUCCCCUAUGUAAAGCGUGUGUGAGAAUAGGCAGCUGUAGGCCAGGCCCUGCAAACCUCAGGCACUUCUAACGAUUAACUGCUCAUUGUUGCCCUUGGAGCCACCUGCUGUGCCCUUCCUUUUCUUUCCUCUUCCAGCUUUUAAAGCUCUACUGCAGUGCCACCUCCUCCAGGAAGCCUGUCAUGGUCUCCCUAGCCAGGAAGGUUUGGUUCCUCGCUCAUCUGGUGGCCUGUUCCCUGGCCCACUUCCCUGGCUGCUUAAACCUCAUGUUCCUGGAGGGUGGGCCUGGCAUUGUUUCUUCUGUCUCUGUGUUUUGAGCCUGGCUCUCAGUAGUGAGACAGGGCACAGAUGGGAUGGUGGGCAGAUGCCAGGAGACAGCUACCUCCACGUCCCAGCCCCAUCAUGGUCCCAGCUGCCAACCAAGGUCAGCAAACUAGCACCAGGGUCUAAGCUGGCCUCCCAGCCUCUUUCCACUCUAGCUCCCAGCCGAUACCAUAGCCAUGCCCCAUGCCAGUCUUUCAGGCUCAGCUCAGCCUGAUCAGGGUCCUGAUGCAUGGCCACCUCACUCAGGCUAGAUGUUACCCCGUCCUGCCCACGCUGGGAUGGAACCUUCUUUGUCACUGUUCCUCGUAGUGCUCCGUGCCCUGGGCAUUUAGGAGCGCCUUUGAUCAAUCUUACCAACUCAGCAGUAUCCUAUAACAAAAAGGAAACUGAUUCCAGCACCUUGUGGCUGUGGGGUGACAGGAAGAGCCGCAAGACCCUGUACCAGGCUGCCGUCUUGCUAAUGCAGAGGCAGGAUGACGGGGCCAUGGAAGCUAUAGACAAGACAUCACUUUGGGCAGGGGUCAGGUUUGGCACCAUUCAAAGUCUUGAGCUGAAGAAAGGUGGGAGGAGACCCAGAAACCAAGCCCUACAACAGUUAACCAGUGGUCAGGACAGGAGGGCAGGCCCCCGGAGGUCUAAGGGGGUUCCCAUGAAGUGAACGAGUGGGCCCAGGGGCUUGUCCCUUGUGAUGCCGGAGAACCACUUGUCCACGUGUGGAGUGGGACCACAAUGGGUGUCAGGAGGCGAUGGCCCAGGGUGGCUAUUUGCUAAACUGUGCAUCUCUGGGAGCCUGGUCUUUCAAUGGAACACACCUCUCAUGUUCAUUGAGUACACACAUAUGUGCAGGCAUGUGCAUGCUACCAUCUAGUACCCUUCACCCCUGACUCCAUGGUGCCCUCUGUCCACACACCGGCAGCCUCCAACACUGUCCACUUAGCCCAAUCCUGGAGAAUAGGUAUUGCCUUGUCUCUGUUGGACAGAUGAGGAAAAGAGGCUCAGAGAGGUCAAGUGACUUGUUCAAGGUCACCCAGCAGGUGACCUACGUCCUAUCAUUCGCUGUCCUUGCCCAGACCCUUCCCCAGGAACCCAAGGCUUUCUCCUCAUACCUGGUAGCAGAGCCCUGUCAGUCCCUUCUGUGACAAGCUCUGGAAGGGAUUGCUGGGUGCCAGCAGAGGCCAAGAUGCAAACUGAAUCCAGUUUAAAUUCAUAGAUGUCAUGUCCCUACAGCUCUCUUCAUCUGAGUCUGGGUAUGAAUUGAGGGCUUAACACAAUGCUGGUCAGCCCCCGGCUUAUGUCUAUUCCCUGUGCUAGGUAUUUGGAUACCCACUUCUGCCUCAGGGGAGCCAGGUCCUCCCAGAUCCACCAUAGGUCAGGCCACAGUGCAGGAUGGCCACCUCUGCUCUCAGCUGCCUACCUGGUUCUGCAGUCCUGGGGACCUAGAUUUAAGAGCAGCUGGGCUGGUCAGAAGUACUUUGGGCUGAUGCUGGCCUAAGAGACUGAGCCAGGAGUCACCUUGGCAGGCAUCACCAACCAAGCCUCCUUUGGGUGGUGUGAGCUUCUCUCUCAUCAGGUUCCAGCACCCAUCAGCCAGCAGAUAGCAGGGAUGGCAUCAGUCUAUCGCUUCCCUAGGGUAUAAGGCUACUCAGGCAGGUUCCCACUCCACAUGUGGCCCACUGGGCCUCUGGGGAUCCCAGGGUGGCAGAGGGUAGCAGAUGGGGCUGGCAGUCUGCUGGGUGGCCCAGUGGGGGGGGAGGGGAAGCCAGGCCUCCAACCACAGUGUCCAGGGAGGCGUGGCUCCACGGGCCCAUUGGAGGCCGAGAUCCCGAGGGUGGGGUGGCCCCACCCUGGCAGGCCGGGUGGCCGGUGGGCGGCACCCCCGCGGGCCGGGUGGUCUGUCUGCCAGAGCUUGUCCUGCCUGGAGCCUGGCCGAGCCAGCAGCAGGGGGUACAGGGACCAAGUGGCCCAGCCCCCUGGGCAGGGUGUCAGGGCCAGAGCCCAGAGGACUGAGGUUCCGGUUCCAGUCCCAGCCGGUGCGUCAGAGCUGGGUAGAUCAGGCGGCAAGCAGCAACCAGGGCGCCAAGGCACCCAGAGACUCACCCACCCCGUGCUUCUGCUGGAGCCAGGAGGGGACACCGUGGGGCUCUUGGGACCCUCGGGAUAGCUGCAGGGGUAUAGCCUCCAGGGACACUGCGACAGGCCCAGAGCAUCUCUCCAGAGAACAAUGCCAGGAUGGACCACCAAGGUCUCCAGAGCACAGGCUCACAGCUCAGUGGAAAGAAGAAGACCAAGAAGAGGCUGCCCGUGAACAGCGCCAAAGGGAACGAGAGAAGCAGCUGCAGGACCAGGACAAAGAUGAAGAGGAAGGCGAUCGUUCCCUGGAGCAGACAGGACAGCAGACACUCCUCAGGAUAAAGUCCUCUGAACUGGAUGAAGAUGAGGGUUUUGGUGACUGGUCCCAAAAAAUAGAGCAGCGGCAGCAAACCUGGGGGAACGAGGGGACUGCAGAGGGUAGUGAGCCCUCUCAAAGUGAGAGUCCAGAGGAAAAACAGGCAGAGGACAGUUCUCACCAAACCAACGUUUACCUAGAGAAGUUGUGCCUGAGCCAGAGGGAGCAUAAUCCAGAGGAUGCUGUUGGGAAUUCUGGGGAGACAGAAGAGCACCUGACAAGUCAUCAGGCCAGGACCCCCAGCCCUUUGGCUUUGGAAGAGACUGUGGAACUGAGUUCACCUCCCCUAAGCCCCACCACCAAACUGGCAGAUAGGACGGAGUCCCUGAAUCGCUCCAUACAGAAGAGCAACAGUGUGAAGAAGUCCCAACCAACCUUGCCCAUUUCCACAAUUGAUGAGCGCUUGCAGCAGUAUACCCAGGCCACUGAGUCUGCUGGUCGAACUCCCAAGCUGUCCCGACAGCCCUCCAUAGAGCUGCCCAGCAUGGCUGUGGCCAGUACCAAGAAUCGUUGGGAGACAGGAGAGGUACAGACUCAGUCGGCUUCCAAGACACCCUCCUGCCAGGAUAUUGUAGCUGGAGACAUGAGCAAGAAAAGCCUGUGGGAGCAGAAAGGAGGCUCAAAGACCUCAUCCACCAUCAAGGAGAUACUCCAGUCAGAAGCCAUUCCCAGCCCUGACCAAGAAGUUGCUUCCUGUUGCCAGUCUGGCCUGCUCUUGUGCCUCCAACAACCCAGCUGCCACUCCCCCCUCCUUUUGCUCCUGGACCCUCCAUCUUCUAUCCCCUCUUACUCUUUGAUCAACCCCCCUACCUCUGCCUCUCACCAUCAGCUAAAGGGACCACUCCCUAGAGGAACCAAGAGCUCCCAAGGAAGGAUGGAGGAGAGAAGGCCAGCAUCCCAGCCAGAUCCAAGCGGUACCUGUCCCCAUGCUGAAUGUUUAGGACUCUGAGUCCCUCUUUCUUGUGUAAUAAAGCAUCUUGAAUGGCCCCA